AUGCCGCUGCCGCCCUGGAUCACGGGGAGCUGCUUGGCGCCCCCUCGGGGCCAGAUCGAGCUUGGCAGCGGCGUCUUCAGGAGCCAGUUCGCGCGGGCCCAGCCAGUUUGCGCAGGCAGCGUGGCGGCGCAGCCAGUGGAGGAAGUCCCCGGGAGGCAGUGGCUGGUCUUGCAGCGGGGAGAGUGGCGUCCCAGCCGGGACGCGCAGUCGCGGCUCAGGCACGGAGAGCUGCUCCGCUCUCCUGAGCUGACCCCGGGGCGGGGGGAGCCCACCCAGUUCACGGGAGCAGCGCACGAUGCGGCUGGAGGGACAGGGAGUCCCCGGGAGGCAGCGACUGAUUUUGGAGUCAGGACAACAAUGAAGAGCAAUGGCCAGUACAGCCGCACUGGGCAGGUGAUAUAUAUCCCACAACUGGGUGGAGAAACCAUGGGGACUGCCAUGGUUCACGUCCAAGGUAAGCCAUUAGCUGGGGGUAGAGGUGUAGAGUGCUGCUCAGGGAUGGGGGUGAAAUGUCUCCUGUUGGGGUGGGGGGCUGUGGGCUGGGAGUGCCGUCCUCGACAUCCAGAGACUUUGUUGUCCCAGGUCGCCUCUUCUGAGCCUGGGCCUGCUUCUCCUGUGCUGAGCAUUGUCCCCUCUCUUGCACCCCAUGAGGGAAGCCCAGUGACCCUAAGAUGUCAGACAAAGCUGCACCCUCAGAGGUUGGCCUCCUGGCUCCUCUUCUCCUUCCACAAGGGUCGGACCUUGCAGGGCAGGGGCCUCCACCCAGAACUAUGGAUCCCAGGAACCAAGCAGGGAGACUCUGGGUUGUACUGGUGCAACGCAGACACUGAGGGUGGCCAGGUCCAGAAACAGAGCCCCCAGAAGGAGAUCAGGGUGCAUGCACCUAUGUCUCAUCCCCUGCUCAUCCUAUGACCUGGGGACUGGCUUUUCUGGGGAGAUGUGGUGAAGCUCCUCUGUGAGCCUGAGAGGGGCUCCCCUCCCAUUCUAUACUGGUUCCACCUCAAUGGGGAGAUUCUGGAAAACCACUCGGCCCCCCGGAGCGGAGCCUUCUCCCUCUUCCUCCUGGUGACGUCAGGGCAGGACUCCAGGAACUCCUGCGAGGCUGUGAACAGUGUUUCCAGACCAAUAAGUGAGUCCAGAAAGCUCUUCCUAGGUGGUAUGCCUUGUCCCCUUAGAACCUCUGAGGCCCAGCUAGCUGGCAGGGUCAGGCCUCACUCCUCUUUGAACCUCCAAUCAUGCCUGCCACAGUGCUGGAACCAUAGUAGCCACCGUACUGACGGAGCCCUUCCUUGGACAAUGCUCAUUGUCACCCCUCCCACCCCAGAUCCUCAGGUCUUGUCCACCCCUACAAGUAGCACCUGGCUGCCUCUAAGCCUUGGUGUGAUGGUCAUCGCCUCUGCACCUCUGGGUUAUUUCAGACCCUGGAGAAAAGCAGAUCAAGCCAUGGAAGAUGAAAAGUCUGGUGAAGAUCCAGAUGUAGAGGACUCUACAGUGACAAUUAUAAAAAAAAAAAAAUUACAAUCACAGAAUGGAGGACAACCACAGAAUACUGGGAAUCAUGGCCUUACCAAGUCAAUAUACACGUUUUUGGGGGGACAUAAUCCAAUCCAUGACAGGCCCCUUCCACCUCAGAAUCCACCCCCGGCUCCAGCUGGAAAGCAGUGCCCACUGUACACCAAUGUGCAUCACCAGAGUGAGAAAGAUAAAGGUGCUAUCUACUCUGUAGUGCAUACAAUCCCAAAAAGGAGUAAAGAUGAGUGAUCUCCAGCCAAAGUGACAUCUUUGCUAAUGUCAAGGGGAAUUUCUGGGCCUACCACCACCA